GCUCCGUAACGCACGGGAAUUUCGCGCUCGUAAGAGAAGGGUGUCUACUCGCCUGACCGUUACCUGUUGUCAUCCUCGCUGACACUGCCUCCCUCCUUCCCUCUCUUUCUCGGAUACACCCGAAAGUAUAUCGACAACACUGGCGAAAUAAUUGGGUCAAAUUAUUAUCACCAUUGUUAAUUUAACGAGAGGCGUGCUGUUCGGCGAUGCGGUGUGUACGCGAGGAAGAAUAGGGUGAAGUGACAAAAGCUUCGAGAACCGCAAAAAGCCCCAAAUGCAGCCGCGCUGGAGGUGGGAGCCCCGGGUCGCUACGACGUCAUCGACGUCGUCGACGUCGUGCACACCACCACCGCGGUCAUCUGCGAAACAGCAUCGUCGCGCGACGAACGUCGCGUUCGCCUGUAUCGUCGACGUCGCGAGUUUGAUGACGCACCACAGGCGACAGAAUUAUCGCAAGCUCUGAGAAAAAACGUUAAACUGACCCGGAGGAUCGGGAGAAAUUUUUAAUAUUUCAGGUAGUGAGAUGGAACAGGAAGGAGGAGUGGGGGAGAGAGGGGCUAGUUUACGAAAUUAUCCUCGAAAAUCUUUCUCUCGCAUGAAAGGAUCGUAAGUGAGAGAAAUCGCGUAGUGUGACAUCGCGGCAAUGGCACCUCGAUAUGACAAACGGGCUAAUGAAGAGCGGAAGUACAAUGAGCAAUAGCUGCGGGAAACGUCGCUCUUCGUGAAAACGUGAUAUUAUGGAAUUCAUCUCGGAAAAAAGGCAAGGGAUUAUAUCAGCCAUGCCACAGAAAAAUGUCAGUGAGGAUAGCAGAUCGGAGAUGAGCUCUCCCGAGGUGCCCUCCACCUCGCAUGAUUUUGGGCGAAACGCCCAACACAGCGGUAAUCAGACAACUACCGCUAAUACCGCGGCCGGCGUCACGCGUAAACGUCGCGGCAACCUGCCGAAGCAGUCGGUAAAGAUUAUGAAGCGUUGGCUGUACGAUCAUAGAUUCAACGCUUAUCCAAGCGAGGAGGAAAAAAUGGUACUCUGCAGGCAGGCCGGCCUCUCCAUGCUGCAGGUUUGCAAUUGGUUUAUUAAUGCCCGACGCCGGAUCCUACCAGAAAUAUUGCGCAAAUCUGGUGAGAAUCCCGACAGAUAUACCAUAUCGCGUCGCAGAAGAACAAUGGGACAGCAGCAGCACGCCAACGCAAGGCAUGGCCGAAAUGCCGCUGCCUACGAGGACGCUGCACAAAAUCGUCGCGUUGAUCAUGACUACGAUGAGGCGGAUAAUCUGAUAUACCGAAGCGAGGAAGACAGUCCCAACGACUAUGAAAGCACUAGUUCUCACAGUGAGGAGGAACGUCCCACAGCACAGUGGCCGAAUGUUAUCGUGUGCCAUUAUGCCGAAAAUAAAACUGCACGAGACAUCCACUUUGACAGAGACGCGAUUUCGCAUCAGCCAAAUUUUAUGAAUGAGAUUGGACCCAGCGGCGAAACCCCUGGCUAUUGGAGCGCCCCGCGAGAACACUCGUCACCGCGGGUGAUGCCAGACGUCCGUAUGGAGGUACCGGGCGUCGUAGUACCGGAAGUCGCGGCGGAAGUCGCGACAACGGAAGCCGCGGCACAGAACGGCGUACCAGACGUCGAAAUGGCUCCCGAGGCUCACCCCGCGCCAUCCGCGGAAGAAUCCCGCCUCGCGGUACUGGGGGAUAGCGCGAUAGAAGAAGAGGUUGACAUCCUCCAACUGACCCACCAGCGGGAUCAAGGAAUGUGGGGCAUGUUACUGUUGGCGGUUGUGGCCCAGAACUAUGGCGCUAACCCGAGCUUAUCGAGACACCGCGAGAGGCAAGGCCUGACAACAGCGAACAGAGAUGAAAACGGGGGUAAAGUUGAGGGGGAAAAUCGAAAAUAACGACCCCUCUAAUAUUUUGACCGUUUGUGAUUGUCGCCGACGUGUACACUCGUUUCUUCAAAGAUGACAACACUUCUUUUCUUUUUUUCCAUAUAUUUCGGAAUGCAAGCUAUGUUCGAUAAAUGAGUUUGUUGCUUCAUCAUUUGCGCAAGAUUCUCUUGCGAAGUUGUUCUUGUUGAAACGUUAGUUAUAUGCUUUUCAAAAUGCGUCCAAGCUAAAUUUGGAAAUGUUCAUCUCGUAAACGAGAAUAAAUCAUCGACGAUAAUAACAAACGUUACCCCUGUUAUCGUGACACGAAUAGAUUCCGUUUGUCGAAUAGCUAAUCGGCAAACGGCAAAUGAUAUUCGUGAUCAUGAAAUAUUAAUAAUAAAUUUCCCCCGCAUUUUUCUUAAUCUUUUUUUUUUUUUCUUUUUUCUCCUGUCGGUACAAUGAUAUGUCAUCGUCGCGUUCGUCUCAUCGCGGACGCAACUAUACGAUGAAACGGAGGAGAAAGGGCCUAACGAUAAAUAAGAAAUGUUGGAUACAUCGAUAACUGGGCCGAAUUUUUAAUUGGUCGAGAAUCGGCGUUCAAUAUGACGGCCCAAACUGAUAUAUACCUUUACCUAUAGGAUACAUAGUGACUCUCACGCGAGAGCAUCGGAUCUUGUCGCGAACGUAACAUAUCUGUUUUUAUCGAUUCUCAUCUCGAGAGAUUUUAAGUGUUGUUUUACGUUCGUAAAUGACGUAAGUUUGUGGUACGAUAGUUGAAAGAAAUUAUGUGUGAUGCAUGAGCGACAGAGGAGGAGGCGAACAAUUGAACGACACGGAGCCGUACCUGUCGUCUCGCGGCUUCUUUCUCCUCGCCACCCCUCAUAACGACCGCAAAAAAAAAAGAAGAAGGAAAACAUACGAUCGAGCAAAAAAGUGUCCUCACGCGCGACGAUGCUCAUUCACGGCAUUACCGAGAUCCGCGACGGCGUUGGUUAGAAUUUUAAGCAUAUUUACCGAAUAUAGACGUAUAAGUGUACACACAUAUAUAUAUAUAUAUAUAUGCGUGUGUAUCGAUCAUCCCAGAAGUGAACUGUAAAAAAAGGAGUUUCCUUUCCGUUGAACAAAUGAACAAGUAGUCGCGCGCCUAGAAAUUCCAACAAAAAUCACAUUUCGUCUUAUUCCAUCAUGUGGACUCGCAAUACCUCGCUAUCUUAUGGUUAAUUUUUCAGUUCCACUUUCUAUAAAACUCCAGGGAUACUCCGCAAUUCUGUCGAUCACCAUACGCGCAAUUUAUGAGAUGACCGAUACAUACAUAUAUAUUACCAAACAAUAAUAGGAUUUUUUGACGAAACAUGCCCGCCCGAAUAACACGAGACGUCUGCUUCCUACGUGUGAGAACAUUUGAAUAUAUACGUAUAUUCAGGCAUUUUGUACAUUAAAACGCGGAACCGCGUACGGUGCACGGCGUAAUGACGUCACGUAUCGGUGAUAAAUUUGAACACACAUUUCGAUGGUGUUCGUGAAAAUGCUCAAAGCUGGUCUCGUGGAGUACACGGAACGCUAUUUCUAGGGCGUUAACGAUGGAGGACCGCAAUCAGUCAAUCGAUUGAUCGAUCGACGUGUGCUCGCGCGACGCAACACACUUGAGAAACGCGUCCUCCUUGAAUCCGUCUGUUAUCGACGAUAAUCGGCAUAGCAUCCUUCCACGGACAUCUCAACGGCCAUCGAGAUCCGAGGUGAUUCGCUGCGACGCACCAAGAUCUUGUACAUAAAUCACGGGAGAAAAUGGAAGAAAGAUCUAAAUUUAGAAGAAGAGAUUCUCUCCCUUACGAUCGCGGCGGACGAUACAUCGUUCAAAUAUCAAAUGGCACGCACGUGUACGUGCGCGCAGUCGCUACAAAAAGGAAAAUGAUCACGUAUAAUAGACGCACGAAAGGAAUCUGUGUCGAGUUAAACCGAAACCAACGAGUGCCAAAGUUGCUAGCCGAGCAUCGCGCGAAACCUUUUGCCUUAUAAGAGAAACAAGUCUGACAAUUAUGUAAGCACGCUACUAAGAAGAAAAUUAAGAGAAGAAAGAAGAAGAAACAUGCAAAAAAAAACAGUAGAAAAUAAGAAAGAAGAAAAAAAGUAUCACGCAACCGCACAAAAGUACAAAAGUAUGUAGAUUUGUUCUUCGUAUUAAGGGGCGAGAAGGAGAAAACGACCGGAUUAGCUAACCGAGUAGAUAGAGAAGGAGAGGUAUCCGAUUAUCUAUCUUCGCCACAUCGGGUUAUUAAGUACCUUGCGUUAAAAAUAUAAUACCGUUUCUAGAAACAGCGUUCCUGCUCACGAUAGUUUCUUUUUUCCUUUUUCAAUGCUAAUUUUUAUUUCGAUAUAUAAGUAUAUUAUAUAUCGAAGAUAUACGAGAUAUAUUACAAUAUCUUUGUAUUGUAAUAUCUUUACAACGUUUAUAUAAGUAGGUCAUCGUAGAGAGUUACGACAUCGGAAAAAAAAAGCGAAAAGAAAGAUGCACAUUGUUCGCGCAUCCUUCUUUCUCGCAAGAGGGAGUUCAGUUCGCUUUUUAAAUUUUAAAUUGCGCGUCCCGAAAAAAGAAAAAAAAUCGAAUCUUCCCAACAGUACAAUUGACAGGGUAGUAUAACGCGCUCUCAAGUGCAUUAUUAAUUUUUUCUUCGCCACUCACAGUAAAACAUGAUCAUAUAUAUUCAUCGUUCGUGAUGCUCCAUAAUUUUGGUAUUUCCUCUUUCUUCUUAUUCUUUGUUUUCUUUUUUUCUCUCCGACGACGUUCAAAUUCUCCAAUCUCGAUCUAGACCGCGUCCCCGUUCAGAACCUUCGAUACAUAGUCUCCCACCCUUUUUUUUUCUUUUAAAAUUUGCUCGGAGAGAAGCGGGACAUCGCCUCAUCCCUUCCUCAUGACGAUUUUUUUUCACUCAGGUUUCCCGUCUCGAUCAGUUAAAUGGCUUUCCGCUUGAACCGCGCUCUACCGUCGACCCGUUGCUCAACUUUCGCGACGAAGCGCGAAACCUCGUAGGGUCGCUCCCGCUAAUUUUUCGCUCUUAUCAUAAUUUUCGCGUCGCUCAACAUCAACUUGACCGACGUUGAUCUCGCCGCGCACCCGGAUCGUUCAUCUUAAAAAAGAAAAAAAAAUGUAUUAUUUUCCCCAUCGUCGGGCGAUUCGCAUUUACUUGUCGCGUGUAUAUUGUAACGCGUGACUCAAAUCAAAAUUUACAAACGCGAGAUAUAUAUAUACAUAUGAUAUAUACAUGGAUGUGCGCCCACAUCUCUACACGCAUACACACACAUAUAUACCAGGCUGAUGCAUUUUCGCACAAAUCACGCUCCUCGAUGGGGAGGGCUGGGGAUGGCGAUUGUCCGUUCGUGUACGAAGUACCGAAUAAUAAAUUUACUAUCAUAUGUAUAUAUUUAUAUACAACGAGCACAAAAAAGAACGAGAGGAGGAAGGGGGGAUAACACGCGGCAUAGAGAGAGAGGUACAAACACCAAAGACUUUAUUUUACUAGUUACUAAAUAGUUAAAUUUUUGCUGAUUGUUCCGUUAGUGAACGAAAUUGUAAGAUAACGACGUGGUGUGCUGUGGUGUGUAAAAAGAAAGAAGGAAGUGACAAGAAGGUGAAGGAGGCGUGUAUGUAUGGAAGAAUGCGAGAGACAAAGUGAGCGUAUCAUGUGAGAGUCCGCUUCGAACCCUUUCGUGCAAUCUCUCCGUUGCACAAUUGAAUAAUUAACGCGUUGAAUCGAGAUAAUCUGCCGUUAGUAAAGCGUGUUAUCGGCGUGAUGACGUUAAUGGAGGAGGAAAGGGAAGGGUGUGUGUGUGUGAAGCUGUGUUCAUGGACAAAGUUGUUGACGAUGUACAAAGUGCGAUUCAAAUCUAUUUUAAUACGACAGUAGUGUCGCACAAUCCUAAGGUGAUCUUGUUAUACGGUAAUAAGGACGAUAGUUGUAUAUGUACUAUUAACGGGAGAAAAAAAUAGUCGAAGGAGAGAAUGUAUGUAUGAGAGAGAAAAGUAUGGAUCAUCAUCAUAUGACGUCAACGUCGCCGCGACACGAUGCAAUCAAUUGCGUGCGAGGAAAUUUUCGUUUUCUCACGCGCCUGCUAAUUUUAGACGUACCUAACUUGAUCCGACUCGCGUCGUUGUUAAAACGAUUUACCUUGAUAGAUGUCUUAUUUGCGAGAGGAAAAAUAGAUAGAAAGAGAGAGAGAGAGAGAGAGAGACAACCAUUUCCCGGCGCUUCCAGACACCGCUUUCUCUUAAGAUCGAUUGAUUUAAGCGCGAAACGAUCGUUUGGUCAUUCGUCGUCGUCCUUUUACGUAUUAUGCGAGCAAAUGAAAACCGCGCGUUUCGAAAUGUCAACGCCGUCUCAGGCUGUGACGCGAUUCAGGGUAUUAUACGAUUAUUAUCUGGAUAGAUGUCCCUGAGGUGGCUGGUUUCCACCUGGAAUGAAAUCUCGACUAGUGGAAAAAAUAUGGAAGUGUUGUUUGCCAUAUUUGUCCGUUGCAUACGAGUUCCCUAGUCGCAGUUCUCGCGAGAGAUCUUGAUAUUUUAAUAUUUUUAAUUCUAUAAUAUAUGUUUCUCCCUUCGCAAUUGUAUUAACUUUUAACGUCAAGUUUUUCUUCUUGUUAAGGUCUUUAGCUACUUAAAUUCCACUAUUGUUGUUGCGACUUAACUUAGAAUAUUCGAUUAAUCUCGUGAGAGCAUUCAGGUAAUGCUCGUAUAAAUGAAUACCCGUUAUUAUCGGCAUGAAAUCAAUCCGAUAUAUAUUGACAACGUUGACUGGCACGCGCGGUCAAAGAAGCAGAAACUUCGGGAUUUAGAAGGGGACGACGACGAUAAUAUCACGCGGCGAUCUCAAUGUGAUAUCGACCGAUUUUCGUCUCGCGGGUCGUACUUAGAAUCCUGUCUUCCGUUUUUUUUUCUCCUUGUUUUCGUCUUGUUUAUUUUUAUUUUUUGACUUUUUUACUUUCGCACCUUGACGUGAAAUAACGAAGAAUAUACAGAAACGUUUCUCUUGUCGCGCGAAUCCCUUCAUCGAUCGAAGGAAAACACGUGCAAAUCAACGCGAUUUUUCUCCUUCAUGUGCCGAAUCUGGCCACACUGCCAUGUAGCGAUCGAGAUUUCUUAAUCUCGAUCUGUAUUUCUUUCUCUCUCUCUCUCUCUCUCUCUCUCUCUCUCCGUUAUAGAACGCGCGUUAUUGUCGAUUAACAUUAUAUAUCGAGCCACAACAUAAAAACACACACAUACACAUAUGGAUGCGCGAGAGCACGUGCGGCAUCCAAGGUCCUCGACAAAGGAUCGUUCGAAUAUCAUUGUCGUUGUUAAACUCCCCUGAUAAUGACCUAGAAUUAAGGGUGCCUUCAUGUCGAGACGUUCCGACACGGACGUCCUUGGCGUAUAGUUUAGCAUGUAAUAGUUAACCGGCAAUAUAUCGUUACAGAUGACAAAUCGCGAACUCCAUCGAGAGAACGGCGAACAACCAACCGCUAAUGUUUCUCCGAUCAAUGCCAAAUUUCCUCGUAGUGAUCUGGAAAAACGAUUGUGUUGCUAUCCCCCUCCCUCUUUCUCUCUCUCUCUCUCUCUCUCUCUCUCUCUCUGUAUAUAUAUAUCUUGCACUCUUGCUUUUUUCGCGACACUCGCAAUCGGUCGGGAUUUAAUACACUUAAUUCCUUCCAGCGGGAAAUGAACAUUAAAUCGACGUUUGACGUCGAUUCGAUAAGUUAUUUCUCGUUGGGUCGCCGUUCAUCGACGAAAGGAAAGGUACUUACCGAUAUGUCCGUUUAUCUUUCUUUUUCUUUGUUUCUGGACGUUAAGUUCGAUACGCCUGAUAAACGAUCUCGCAACUCGGUACAAAUUCUAAGAGCGAGAAAAGUAAGUUUACCGGGCGCUGAUGCCAACCUGUUGCAGCUAUGCCGGAAGGGGGGAGGGGGAGGGAGUUUCACUCUCCGCGCCGAUAUCCGCGAGCGCAUAGACAAUAACUCAAUGCAUUAUCAUAGCAUGAACGUCAUCUGACCGGUCUCAAAGCGGAUAUUCGAUUUUAAGUUUGGUUCAUGCGCACGCUCUCGCAAGUACACACACACACACACACACGCACAGAUACACACUAGCAGGCAUACACAUACAGCGUGAAAUGUACACGUGCCAUAGAGACAGAUCGAACGUAUUAAACGUUAGUACGCGCAUACAUAUGUACACACAGCGCGUGUGAAGAACAUAUUAAUUUAGGAUUACAUUUAACGUAGUUGUUACUAAUUGCGUCACACAGAUGUAUACACAUUAUUUUGUCCUUUAUAUUCUUCGCUCUUUUUCUUCAUUGACCGUAAUUUCUAUGCGUUUCGCUGUUCAAAAGCGAUCCGCACGUGACCUGACUCUCGCGGUCCCGGUGGUCUUCCGCGAUUUCGUUUCUUUUCAUUUUCUUUUUUUUUCGUUUUUGUCUCUUUGACGUUCUCGAGAUGCGAAAGAUAUGUCGUAUUCUCCCGCGGGAGGUGCGGACAGGCGAAUGGUAUAACGCGAGAAAGAAGGAAAGCAAAGAGGAAAGUUCGCCUCACGCGGCGAUUAUUAUUCGUGAAUUUUCUCGUUUUUCUUCAAGGACGAUGCGAGUCCAUAAAACGUAAUUUAGGGUUAGUAUUAUUGCAUUAAGGUACUGUUCGCGUCGCAGACAAGAUAACGAAAUAAAAGCAUGUUGUGAAAUUUUAA